AAAUGUACAGAAGAGUGGUUAUGCAUUUCACCAUUUUUCCUCCAUUCAUAAAUUAGACUUCAAAUUCUUGAUGCUAAGUGCCACACAAAGUUGACAACUUCUAUUUUUCACUUGCAUGAAAGUCUAGUCCAUUGGUGUUUUUCUUGAUAUCACACAUAUUAAGUUCAUUUCAAUAUUUCAAAGUUUUUUUUUCAAUUUCUUGAAAGUUUAGUCCAUUUGGUGUUUUUAGAAGUUCUUGAUAUCACACAUAUUAAGUUCAUUUCAAUAUUUAAAAGUUUUUUUUGACUUUCUUGAAAGUUUAGUCCAUUUGGUGCUUUUGUGGUUCUUGAUAUCACACAUAUAAAGUUCAUUUCAAUAUUUCAAAGUUAUUUUUGUUUCACUUUCUUGAAAGUUUAGUCCAUUUGGUGUUUUUGUGGUUCUUGAUAUCAUACAUAUUAAGUUCAUUCAAGACUCCAAAGUUUUUUUUUUUUUUUCACUUUCUUGAAAGUUUAGUCCAUUGGUGUUUUUGUGGUUCAUUUUGUCACAUAUAAGUCUAUUUCAAUUUUUUUUUUUCACUUUCUUGAAUGUUCAAUCCAUUUAGGGUGGUGGGGUUUUAGUGAUAUCAAAAAUUAAGUAUAUUUCAAGAUUUCAUUUUUUUCGAUCAAUGACUUAAAAAUUGAGUCUUUUUUAGAUCCUCAUCAUGGAUUUUGCAUUACUUCAUUUGUUUGUUUUGGUAUUGUCUAUGUUAUGUGUGAUUAUUUGUUCAUUAGAAUUUGAUCCUGUUGAUAAUUAUCUUAUAAAUUGUGGUUCCUUUGAAAAUACUACUAUAGGUAAUAGAAUUUUCUUAGCUGAUAACUUGAAUUCUUCUCAAAGGGUAUUUGUAAAUACAAGUCUAGAGUCCAUUCCAUCUAGUUAUAGUUCAGUUCUUUAUCAAACUGCUAGAGUUCUCAAUGAUACUUCGAAAUUCACCUUUUCGAUCAAGAAACAAGGGCGCCAUUGGAUUCGCUUAUAUUUCUAUCCGUUUAUGUAUGAGAAUUACAAUUUGAGUUCUGCUAAGUUCAGUGUUUCUGUUGACAACUUUACUUUGAUCAAGAAGUUUGAGCCAUUGAGUGCUGGUUUAGUAAAGGAGUAUACUUUGAACAUUACUAGUAUUAGUCUUGUUCUUACGUUUACGCCUUUAGCUAGCUCGUUUGCGUUUGUGAACGCGUUGGAAGUUAUUUCACUUCCUGAUGAGGUUAUUCCUGUAGAUGUUGGAGCUCAUAGUUUGAGCGUAAAAGCGUUAGAAACAGUUGUGAGGGUGAAUAUGGGGAAUGUUUCUGUGUUGCCUCAAAAUGAUACCUCGUGGCGAUAUUGGGAACCUGAUGGAAGGUACUUAACAGGCACGAAUCUUAUACAGUUUUUAUCGAGGAUACAAGAUGUGAAUUAUACACGAGGAGGGCCUUCUCGGAAUAUUGCCCCUCCAUCGGUGUAUGGAACUGCCACGAGGCUGCAAGUGGGUGAUCCAAACACUUUGGUGAACAUCACGUGGUCGUUUGAUGUUGAUCCCGGCUUUGAUUAUUUCAUCAGGUUCCACUUUUGUGACAUAGUAACUGGCCACAAUGAUCCAAACAAAGUAGGGGAUGACCAUGAGCUGUUGUUCAAUGUCUUGAUCAAUUCCCAAACCGCUUCGAGGAAUCUUGAUCUUAGAAACAGGACAUCGAAUGUCCUUGGUGCUCCGUAUUACAUGGAUGUUGUCAAAAGAUUACAGAACAUUCACAGAAUUAGCAUUGGCAUUGGUCCAACAGAUAUAGGUAGUGCAUAUCCAGACGGCCUCCUGAAUGGUCUCGAGAUCAUGAAAAUAAGCAAUUUCAAGGGAAGUCUUGAUGCCUCAGACGCUGAGAUUCAGUCCUCGGUGCCUACUUCAAAGAAGACUAGAACAUGGUUGAUCCUUGGAUCAACUAUUGGAGGAUCGAUCAUUUGUGUCGUUUUGGUUGUGGUGUCUAUUCUCUUUUGCAGAAGUAGAAUACGGACAGCGGUUGAUGAGUCGACAGGGGAAAAUCAUACAGCAGUUGGAGCCAAAGAAGCAUCUGUCAUUUCCAAGUUGAAUAUGGGGUACCAGUUCCCUCUUGUAGCAGUUCAGGAAGCAACCGACAACUUUAGUGAAAGCAUGAUCAUAGGCUUUGGUGGCUUUGGAAAAGUUUACAAGGGCGUUUUGAAGGAUAACACGAAGGUGGCGGUGAAGAGAGGAUUUCGCCAAUCACAGCAAGGUCUUUCGGAGUUCAAGACUGAAGUCGAAAUGCUGUCUCAGUUUAGACAUCGCCAUUUGGUCUCACUGAUCGGCUACUGUAACGAAAAGGAUGAGAUGAUAAUCAUUUAUGAGUACAUGGAGAAUGGAACUCUGAAGGAUCAUCUAUAUGGCUCGGACCUUCCGAAUUUGAAUUGGACACAAAGGCUUGAAAUUUGCAUAGGAUCAGCAAAAGGACUUCACUAUCUUCAUACUGGUUCUCAUAAAGCAAUCAUCCACCGAGAUGUCAAGUCCUCGAAUAUACUGCUUGAUGAAAAUCUCCGGGCUAAAGUUUCUGAUUUUGGACUAUCGAAAAUUGGUCCAGAAAUCGAUCAAACACAUGUUAGUACUGCGGUGAAGGGAAGUUUCGGAUAUCUUGAUCCAGAGUAUUUGACAAGGCAACAACUAACUGAGAAAUCUGAUGUCUAUUCCUUUGGUGUUGUCAUGUUUGAAGUCCUGUGUGGAAGGCCCGUUAUCGAUCCCUCUCGUCCCAAAGAAUCGGUAAAUUUGGUUGAAUGUGUGAUGAAAUGUUUAAGGACCGGAGAAUCAGAAGCCAUCGUUGAUCCUAGGAUUGCACGCGAGAUAACACCAGAAUCCUUUAUGAAGUUUGUAGAGACUGCUGAGAAAUGCUUGGCUGAAUAUGGUUCAGACCGACCGACUAUGGGAGAAGUUUUGUGGAACUUGGAAUAUGCAUUGAAACUUCAAGGGAAAGACGAAAAAACAACACAAGAGAACGAGAUAUCGGAUAAUCAGCUGGAUAACAGUGUCGUAAGUACAGAAUACAGCAUGGGGAGUAUGGCUGAUCUUGCUGGUGUUUCGAUGAGCAAAGUUUUUUGCCAAAUGGUAAAAUCUGAAAACAAAGACUCAUGUGACAUGUGUUAGGAUAAAAUGCAGGUCCAUCUAAUGAACUCUGCGUACGGGUUGUAUAUUUGUUUUAUCUUUUAGUUAGAUUUUGUAUUAUAACGGAUGCUCGCAUUGCUUGUAUUGAUUUGAAGCAGUGAUUAUACUAUGUAUUCAAUAGUUUUCUGGCUUUCGGUA